GUAGGAUACCAAAUAACUUGCAACGAUAGAAUAUUACGGCUUUUGCUGUGCAGUGGAAAGAAUCGCGGUUACCAGAGAAAAGCAAUUUAUCGCGGCUUUGUUUUUUAUAAAUACCUAUUGUGCAUAAGUGUUUAAGUUUUGUUUUUAUAAAAAUGUAUUGAAAAUGUGUUCGGGAACCGCUACAUUUUCUUCUUGCCAGAUUAUAGUCAAUCAAAAACAACAAUUUGUUUCAAAUAAAGAAUUCUCUGCAGAAGAGUUCUUAGACAAUUUACUAACCAAAGGAUCCUGUGCGGCCUGUGAUGAAUCAUCUGAAAUAUUUAAUAGAGAUGAGCUACCACCUUUUUACAAUGAAGAAAUGUAUAAAAGGGGCCAGUCCUAUUUCCACAAGCACCUAUUCGGCAUGUUCUUAGGUAAAAUGUUAGGUCUACUAUGCGGCCUGGCAAUCCAAUCCAGUUUAGCGAUAUUAAUCCUGACCAAAAUGUCCAGUACAGAAUUGACUGCAUACAAAAGAUACGUGGCUACAAUUUUUCACAUGAUGAUAUGGUAUGAUAGCGAGUUUAAGCCCGGAUCAAGAUUAUGGGAAUCAAUCAAAGACAUUAAAUCCAAACACAAUUCAGCAAGUAAAAAGGCCUCCAAUAUAUUAAAAUACAGAAUAAAUCAAAAAGACAUGGCCUUAACUCAAUUUGAUUUUAUGGGACUAGCUUUGACCCGAAGCAAUUUUUUGGGAAUUUAUGACAACGAUAACGAGGCAGAUUUGAAAUGUUUUGUUCAUGUAUGGAGAGUUAUUGGUUACUGUAUAGGAAUUGAAGAUGAGUUUAACAUCUGCAGAGAAUCUGUAGAAGAAACUAGAGCUAUAUGUAACGAAAUUCUAUCCAAAGUAAUAUUGCCAGCUGUAGAAGAAAAAAACGAAAAAAGCCGUGAAAUGUGCAGUUAUUUGAUGAAUGGAUUAUGGGCUAUUAAUCCGUUUUUAAACGUCAACACUUUCUUGUUUUACUUAAACUUAACCUUAAAAAACAGCAAAGCUGAUGCGAACGAAAAUAAUGAGGAAUACAAGAAACUAACAAAAGGGGAAAAAGCUAGGUUAAAUAUAAUAUUUUUCGUGACCAAAGUAAUGCAAUAUCCACUAGUCAGGAUUUGUUUGAGGGCUUUUCAAAUACACGCCCUGUGGGUGGCAAAAACUUUCCCUUUUCUUGCUUAUUACAAAUUUGGGAGGGCGAAUUCGCAUGUUAAGAUUAUGGGAAAUCAUUAGUCACAUUUUUCUAGUCUUUGGCUGUAUAUUUUUUGUUUAUGUUUUUGCUUUAUUUAUAUAAAUAUAUUAGAAUUGUGCGUUUUUUUUUUUCAAUAAAUAUCACCAAAG